AGUGUUCGUGUGGAAACACCAUUGUCCACUUUUUUUUAUAAUCGAUGUUGUUUUUUUUUUGCAAGCUGCAACUUGUAUUUGUUUAAGACAUAUGCGGACAUCUGUGUAAGUUUAACGCGCCAUUAGUUAGAUGAAUCAUUAACUUCGGGUAUUUCUUUUUUUAGUUUUCUCGGACGCUUGGACGGCGGUCGGUGACAGCAAUGGCGGAGGCAGUAGAAACCAACUCUGGCUCGGAUGUAAACACAGCUGUUAGCUCAACGGCGAAUGUUAUGGGAUAUUUACAAGACGAGAUGAAAUCUGAAUAUGAGGCGGUCCCAACUCUCCACCUGGGAGAAUUAGAUCUAACUACAGAUGAAUUCAUCUUGGAUGAAGUGGACAUUCAUAUUCAAGCCAAUCUUGAAGAUGAUUUGGUGAAAGAAGCACUGAAAACUGGUGUAGACCUCAGGCAGUACUCCAAGCAGGUGGAAACAGAACUGCAGCGCAUUGAGCAGGCUUCAAUCAAGGACUACAUUAAGGAAAGCCAGAAUAUUGCCUCUCUCCACAACCAGAUCACAGCCUGUGAUUCUAUACUCGAGCGCAUGGAAGAAAUGCUCAGUGGGUUCCAGAGUGACCUUUCCUCCAUUAGCAGCGAGAUCCAGACACUGCAGCAGCAGUCGGUCAGCAUGAACGUGCGGCUGAAGAACCGCCAGGCCGUGCGGAGUCAUCUCAGCCAGCUGGUGGACGAGCUGGUGGUGCCCAGCACCAUGAUCUCGGUCAUCCUGGACAGCCCUGUGACGGAACAAGAGUUCCUUGAACAGCUCCACGAGCUGAACAACAAGAUCAACUUCGCCAAGGAGCUCAGCUUCCGUGAGACGUUGGCCUGCUCUGACAUCCAGGACAUUGUGGACCGUCUCAAGAUCAAGGCUGUCACAAAAAUCCGGGAAUUCAUCUUGCAGAAGAUUUACUCCUUUAGAAAACCCAUGACCAACUAUCAGAUUCCACAGAAUACUCUUCUGAAGUACAGGUUCUUCUACCAGUUUUUGCUGGCGAACGAGAGGCAGGUAGCUAAAGAAAUCCGAGACGAAUACGUGGGCACCAUGAGCAGGAUCUACUACAGUUACUUCAAGUCCUACAGUGGAAGGCUGAUGAAAGUGCAGUAUGAGGAAGUGGCAGAUAAAGACGACCUGAUGGGCGUGGAGGACACGGCUAAGAAGGGCUUCUUCUCCAAACCUUCCUUGAAGAGCAGGAACACCAUUUUCACUCUGGGCCAGCGGGGGGCGAUACUGAGCCCAACAGAGCUGGAGGGGCCUAUCCUCAUCCCCCACACGGCCCAGAGAGGAGACUGCAGGUACCCCUACGAGACGCUGUUCCGCAGCCAGCACUACGCGCUGCUGGACAACGGCUGCCGGGAGUUCCUCUUCCUGUCCGACUUCUUCAUGGUGGCAGGCAACUCUGCACUGGACCUCUUCAACUGCAUCAUGGGAAAGACUCUCAGCAUGUUCCUGAAAAGCAUGUCCACUUACGUGUCGGAUUGCUACGACAGCAUCGCUAUAUUCCUGUGCAUCCACAUCAUCCUUCGCUUCAAGGCCAUCACAGCCAAGAGGAACAUCCCUGCUCUAGACAAGUACUGGGAGGCCGUGCUGGAGCUUCUGUGGCCGAGGUUUGAGAUGAUCCUGGAGAUGAAUAUCCAGAGCAUCCGUGACACCGACCCACAGAAGCUGGGCGUUCUGGACACCAGGCCUCACUACAUCACGCGCCGCUAUGCUGAGUUCUCAUCUGCCAUCGUCAGCAUCAACCAGACGUUUCCUAAUGAGAGGACCAACUCACUGCUUGGUCAGCUGCAGGUUGAAGUAGAGAACUUUGUCCUGAAGAUGGCAGCAGAGUUCCCCUCCAGGCGGGACCAGCUCAUUUUCCUCAUCAACAACUAUGACAUGAUGCUCAGUGUUCUCAUGGAGAGAGCAGCCGACGACAGUAAAGAGGUGGAGGGUUUCCAGCAGCUUCUUUUGGCCAGAACACAGGAGUUCAUCGAGGAGAUCCUGUCCCCUCCAUUCGGGGGAAUGAUUGCCUUUGUGAAGGAGAGUGAGGCUUUGAUGGAGAAGGGACAGCUGGACAGACUGAAGAAUGAUGAAGCCCGCAUCACCCAGCUGAUCAGGGGCUUCUCCAGCACCUGGAAGCAGUCUGUGGAGGCUCUCAGCCAGGACGUCAUGAGGUCCUUCACCAACUUCAAGAACGGCACCAGCAUCAUACAGGGGGCGCUAACUCAGCUUAUCCAGUACUACCAUGGUUUCCACAAGGUCCUCUCGCAGCCCACUUUCCGUAGCCUGGCCGUUCGCUCGGAGCUCAUCAAUCUUCACCACCUCAUGGUCGAGGUCAAGAAGCACAAGCCCAACUUCUGAAUAAUAUUUUGCUGGGGUGAAGCAUUUUGAAUAAGAUAUUAACGGAAAAGUGAAGAUACGUAUCUUAAUACCCGUGGGAGAACCAAUCUACUGCUGUAAUCCGCAAAUGGACUUUACCAGUGUGUAUCUCCAUUUCUCACCUAUGUAUUAUGUUCUGUGUAUUUACUGUCCAUAAGAAAAAUCAGUGCAGUGCAGUUCAUGGUGCAAAGGAAUUUAAUGUCAUUCCAAUAAGAAAAUAACAUUCAUUGAUAUGUUUGAGUGGUGUUUGAUUUAGAAGAAAUGAAGAGGAAGUAUGAGAUCAGAUAAGGAGGAAAACUGGAAUUUUUUUGUAUUUAUGGAUAUAAUAUAAUUGGCAAUUUACUCACAGAAAGUACAAGUUCCACAGUAUGUGUUUGACUGCGCUUUAAUAAUUGUGUUUUGAAAGAAAGGGGGUGAUGCCAUUGGUCAGCUGUUGCAUGGUCAUACUUGCACAUGUGCUGAGAGUUUUCCUGGAGCUGUGUGUCGUGGGGGUGUGGUGGUUAAAUUUCAGUAUGGCAUUGAAGCAAUACAUAAUAAAGGCACUGCGGUGGGUUGGUGCCCCAUCAUGGGUUAUUCCUUUCCAAGUGCCCUUGGCUUGCAGGACAGGCUCUGGACCCCCGGUAUGGAUGCAUGCAUGGAUGGAUGGAUGGAUAAUAAGGACAUUCCAUUUAGUGUUGUGUCUUGUCAUAAAUCUAUGCUUUUGACAACAUUAUUUAAAAAAAUAACUGACUGGUAGACUCGUACCAUUUGUUGUGGGACUGUCACUCAUUCUGUUAAUUGGAAUGCUCGAUUAAACCUUGUUAGAGAGAGAA